AUGAUCUCCAUUGCCCUUCUCAUCGUCAACCAGGGUCUACACUGGCAUGUGGCGAUAAUCCGCAUGUUGCAGAACCAGAGCACUGAGCACAAACCAUACGACGCCUUUUAUCUGCAUAAGCACCGGGCAUCUUUUCUGAGCCAACAACCGUCGCCCAGACUGCUCACAACUCACGUCCCCUUCAGGUACCUACCAAAACAGGCUUUUGAGAAGAAGAUCAAAAUCGUGUACCUCAACCGGAACCCGAAGGAUGUCAUCGUGUCCUACUUUUCUCACAGGGCCAGCAACUCGGGUCAGAUGCACUACCCGGGGACGUUUGAACAGUUCUAUUAUCUCCUCUUGGAGGUGGGCUACCACCAUGGCCACAUCUUCGACAACUUGCUGCAAUUCCAGGAAGGACAAGACUCCAUGCCUGACGUUCCCAUCUACACCUCCAUGUUUGAGGAUAUGAAGACGGACCCGGCACAAGGUGUGAAGAAUCUGAACCAGUAUCUGGGCACGGGCUGUAGCGAUGCGCUGUGUGAAGAGAUAGCUGAGGCCUGCCAGUUCCGCAAUCUCCAGCCCGCGAAGGAAGGCGACCCACCAGGGUUCGACGAGAAUGAGUUCAAGAACGGAACCCCGACCUUCUACAGGAAAGGUGAGCUGAACAUUUAG